AUGUCACUGAAAUCUGCAGCAGAUUUGGCAGCUAUAGGCCGCCGGCGACUAGGGAAGGGAGUUUCCCGAAUAACUGAAUUGGUAUGGGAGCGAGGUCAAGGUUCCUGGCUCUACAGCACCGACGGGCAAAAGUUUCUUGACUUUACAUGUGGAAUUGGGGUAACGAAUCUGGGUCAUUGUCAUCCAGCAGUGACGAAAGCGGCUCAAAAGCAAUGUGGGCAACUCGUUCACGCGCAAUGCAACCUGGGUUAUCACCAUCCACAAAUUACAUUAAUGGAGAAGCUUCUACCUGUUAUGCCGCAUAAGUCUUUGGACACGUUUAUUUUUGUAAACUCUGGUUCGGAAGCGGUUGAGGCGUCUAUCAAGCUUGCUAGGCAUGCAACGAAGAAGCAAAACAUUAUUGUCAUGCAGGGAGCAUUUCAUGGAAGAACUGUUGCGACCAUGGCCAUGUCCCGGAGCAAGACGAUUUAUUCGGCGGGAUUUGGUCCGUUGAUGCCAGGAGUAUUUGCAGUCCCGUUUCCAUACCAUUACCAUCAUCGCAAUAUGUCGUUGGAAGAAUGCUGCGACGACGCUAUCCAACAGUUAAAGAUCCUAUUGAAACAACAGUCAGCACCUGGAGAUACCGCGGCAUUGAUCAUUGAACCUGUUCUUGGUGAAGGAGGCUAUGUGCCUGUGCCUAAAGCGUAUUUUGAGCGACUCCAGGACAUAUGCGAGGAGAAUAAGAUUCUGCUUAUAGCUGACGAGGUCCAAUCGGGAUUUGGUAGAACUGGAAAAUACUUUGCAGUUGAACAUUCCGGUGUGCGUCCCGAUAUCAUGGUGAUGGCAAAGGGAAUUGCAAAUGGAUAUCCUUUGAGCGCUAUUGUUAGUCGAAAGGAUUUGAUGGAUACCCAAACUCCAGGGAGUAUGGGAGGCACAUACUCUGGAAAUGCGGUCGCAUGCGCGGCAGGUGUUGCAUGCGCAGAUGUGAUGCAAGAAGAGAGGAUAUUGGACAAUGUCAAUGCCAGAGGCGCCCAGCUCACUGCCGGCCUAGAAGAGCUACGACAGCACCCAAAGCUUGCACCAUUGAUUGGGGAUAUCAGAGGAUUAGGUCUAAUGAUUGCCCUCGAGUUCUCCGAAGCUGCCCCAGCAAACUUUGCCAGUCAAGUACAGCAAGCCUGCAUACGCAACGGUAUGAUUAUCCUCACCACCUCGGUAUUCGAGACGUUGAGAUUUAUUCCUCCGUUGACUAUAUCGGAGAAUGAAAUGAGAUUAGGAUUGGAGAUAUUUAAGAGAAGCUUUGAGGAAGCUGCAGGGAAACUCUGA